GAGCGCCCGUGACCUUGCUCAUAACUCUCAUCUUCGCAGCUCCAUAUUUGCUUUUUCUUACUUCCUCUUUGACCUGUUCCCAGAACGUAGACUGUGCCAUGUUACACGGACUUGCAGCAUAUGGCGACGAUUCUGACUCUGAAGACCGUCACGAUCGUGGAACCCUCCCUUCAAUUAGUACCGCGAAUACGAGUCAAUUGCGGAAAGGCAAGAGCAGAGCGACUAGACUUGAUGAUGCUGGUGUGAGAGAGGACUCUGACAAAGAUUCAGGACCAAGUAUAUCGCAAGUCAUAAUCAAACGUCCCUCAAACGUGAAGAAAUUACGUCCUCGCCCUCGAUCGAGACUAGAUGACGAUGAUCCAGGUUCAAGUUCCCCAUCUGGCUCAGCCUCUAGAAGUCAAACUUCUCAAGGUCAGGACUAUUCAAUGCAAGACCAAGAGGUCCACCAAUCGGUCGACAUGCCGGAACACUUUGACGACGAACCAGAUCAGGGGACGGACGAGCUCAACAGGAUUAGGGCAUUGUUGAGACCUCCGCCUAUCCUAGGUAUUCAGGACUGGGGGAUCCCACCAGAGCCAUUGGGCGAAUGUGAUCCUGAGAUUGAGGCAAAACUCGCGCAAUUCCAUGCCCUCAAACGAGACCCAGUCAAUCCCAAGCACUUCAAUGAUUCCCUUAUGUCUAAUCGCUCAUUCAGGAAUCCACACUUGUAUGCAAAACUCGUGGAGUUCGUGGAUGUGGAUGAGCGGACGACAAAUUUUCCCAAGGCCCUUUGGGAUCCGUGGGAUGUCAAUGAAGAAUGGUUCGCUGAUCAGAUUGCUGAAUACCAAAGGUCUCGUGCAGAGCAACAAGCAAUCACACAAGCACAGAGCGCAGGGAAACGAUCACAUCUGGACUUUACAUCGGGUUCUUCUAGUGCCACCCUGUCUCAGUCUUUGCCUUAUGCGCGUCCUACACCGGCAGCCUCCUACUUUGACCACGGCAGUGCGAAAAAGGGUCGGUAUCAGUCCAGUUCGUCGCAUGGAAACGGUUCUGGCAGCGGAGGUAGUGGAGGGAGAGGGAGAGUUCUAGGUAGUGGUUCUGGGAGGGGAAGGUUGGGAGGGAGCUGGAGGUAACUUCGGUAACUUUUCCCUCUGGCUACUAGUCUCCAUACUUUGUCGUUGACUAUCGCCGAUACCGUAUUCAUGUCACCUUGACGCGAUGUAUCGCUAUGACAGCGGCGUUUCUCUUGAAGAUGCUUCUUGUCCCAAUUUGCCUAGAAUUUGCCGAACCAUGACUUUCGUUCUCAACUUCCUUUUUCUACUUAGCGUGCCUGCGUGCGACGCUGCUACUACCACUCUAAAGCCCAGAAGCUUUGAGCUGGGAAUAAGAACUGAAUGGUUGCCACAAUCUGCCACGUUAUUUCA